CGUGUUAACUGUUAAUUGUAAAUCAAGGUUUACUAAAUACUUGGAUUUUUGAAAUUAUAAUUUAUCAAUAAAUAAUAACUAUGUGUACUUUUACUUAAGUGCUUCUUAAAUCAUUGUGAUAUUAAAAUUAAAAAAUACUUUUAUAUAACAAUCCAAACAAUGACAAAUCAAUCCGAUGAAAAAUCUGAAAUAGAAACAGUUGAAGAAGUUGAACCUAAACUUAAAUAUGUACGUCUCACUAAUGAUGUUCAAACUAUUUUAACCAAAGACGGUGUUAGUUAUCUUGCUGCUCAUCCCAAAUUUUUAUGUAUUGGUACUAAUUGGGGUUCUAUUCAUUUAUUGGAUUUUGAAGGUAAUAUUGUAAAUAAUCGGCAACUACGUCCACAUACAGUAGCAGUUAAUCAAAUAAGUAUAGACAGUCGCGGUGAAUUUAUUGCUACUUGUUCAGAUGAUGGUAAUGUAUUUGUUUAUGGUCUCUAUACAACAGAAGAUUCUCAGGAGAUCUCAUUAGGCCGUUGUGUUAAAUCAGUUGCAAUAGACCCGUUAUAUCAUAAAUCCGGCAAUUAUCGGCGUUUUAUUACUGGAGAUGAUCGUCUUAUGCUUCACGAGCGAACUUUUCUCGGACGUACAAAGUCUGUGUUUUUGUGUGACGUUGAAGGAGUCGUGCAUAAUAUAAGGUGGCAUAAUCGUUUUGUAGCAUGGGCUUCAAAUAUAGGUCUCAGAGUGUAUGAUAUAAUUUCUCGAUGUUCACUAGGUCUCAUUAAAUGGGAUAAAAGAAACAACAUAAUACCUAGUACUUAUAGAUGUAACUUGACGUGGAAGGAUAGUGGAACAUUACUUGUUGGUUGGGUUGAUACAGUAAGGAUUUGUGGUGUUAAACGUCGACUGCAAAGACUUAAAGACGUUCCCGAGUAUAUAGUAGAACCAUUGUCUAUGUUUCGCAUAGAUUACUUUAUUUCUGGUAUAGGACCACUUAAUCAUAAUCAAUUAGUAAUACUAUGCUAUUCAAAAGAAAAGGAUGAAAACGAAAAAGCAAUGAGACCACAAUUAUAUGUAGUUGAAGCAAAAGAAUCAAAGUAUGUUGAAUUAUGUACUGAUAAUUUGUCUUUACGUGAUUUUCAAGAUUUUGGUUGUAACGAUUAUGCCCUUGAAAGUUUAGUCGUGGAAAAUCUAUUCGUUAUUGUUAGUCCAAAAGAUAUAGUGGUGGCGAAUCCGUGCGAUGCGGAUGACAGAAUUGAAUGGCUUAUUGAACAUAACAAAUACGCCGAAGCAAUGGAAAUAGUAAAUUCUAAAAAUAUAGUUUUAAAUCGAAAUUCCCGAAUAUCUGUAGGCAAAAAAUUUUUAGACCAUUUAUUGUUUGUUGAAGAAUAUGUAGAAGCUGGACAGUUGACUUCUGAACUUUUUGGAAACGAUAAAAAACUUUGGCAAGAAGAAAUAUUUAAAUUUGCACAAGUACAUCAACUUCGUCAAGUAAGUGCUUACAUACCAAGGGGUGAAGUAACUUUAGACCCUCAUAUUUAUGAAAUGGUGUUGUAUGAGUACUUAAAACUGGAGCCUGAAGGAUUUUUAAAAAUCGUAAAACAAUGGUCACCAUCACUGUACAAUGUAUCUGCUGUUACGAACGCAUUAAUUGAACAUUUAAUCGUGAAUUCAAGUUCGGAACUAUUAGAAGCCUUGGCUAUAUUAUAUACUCAUUCUGGCAAGUUUGACAAAGCCUUAGGAGCGUAUUUGAAACUAAACCACAAGGGUAUAUUUCAGUUGAUUACUAAACGAAAUUUGUACCCUCUAAUACACAACAUGAUUGAAGAUCUAAUGCAGUUGGACUGUGAACAGACAAUCAAAAUACUUUUGGAGAAGGACACAGUGCCCAUUGAUGUAGCUGUAGCAAAAUUGCAGAACAAUCGAUUCUACUUGUACACGUAUUUGGACGCCCUGGAGAAGAAAGACACGAGAGUGUUGGCCAAACGAAACUUGCACAAAGACUUGGUGUCGCUGUAUGCGGCAUUUGCACGGGAAAAGUUGUUGCCGUUGUUGAAGCGAAGCAAUAAUUAUUCUAUCGCCUUGGCACUGGAUGAAUGCAAGCGACUUGAGUACUAUCCCGAAAUGGUGUAUUUGCUUGGUCGAAUGGGCAACACCAAGGAUGCGCUGAACUUAGUCAUGUCUCAGCUACAGGACAUCGAGCAGGCCAUUGAGUUUUGUAAGGACCAAAAUGAUGUUGACCUGUGGCAUGAUCUGAUCGGUUUGUCUUUGGAUCAACCAAAUUUUCUAAAAGUGCUUUUGCGGAAGAUCGGCACUUACGUGGACCCGCGAAUUUUGAUCCGCCGGAUCGGUAAACGCACGCAGAUACCAGGUUUAAAAGACGCGCUCGUCAAGAUGAUGACCGACUACAAUCUGCAAGUGUCCGUGGAAGAGGGAUGCACAAAAAUCGUCGUGUCCGAUUGCUUCGAUCUGCACGAACGGCUGUACGACGUCCGGAGGAAAGGUUGUGGUGUAGACGAGCAGCAUUUAUGCAGCGCUUGCCAAAAGUGCAUCGUUGGCCAGGACACUGUGGGAAACGUAUUAAUAUUUUGUUGUCAACACGUGUUCCACGAGCAGUGCAUACCCGCUGACGGAUUGGAGACGGCGUGCAUAAUUUGCACGGACAGCCGGACAAAGCAGACGGCAUUCCAGUGAGUACCAUGUAUAAGGGACACGUGAAACGGAACACGUGAGUUAAUCACUUUGUAUAAGAUCUUUCAUUUGGAUCUGCGACAUGUAUUAUACUUAUUACACAUUAUACUAGUAUCGUGAGGUCUAUACAUGCGCUUUCAUUCAGUUAUUUUAUUGUACGUUUGCGUACUUAGUGGCUACCUAUAUAUGGUAGAUAAGUUCGAUGGAUUUUUAAUUAUUGUUAUACCUUUGUAUGCAGAUGGUUUAUUUUUUUCAAAAUAUUAUAUUUAAUUAAAAUGU